GUUUUUGUUGUGUUUUCAGCCUAAAAACUUGUGUUUUUGUGUGUUUUUCAGCCCGUUAGCCUACAGUACCCUAGCAGACCUGGUGCACCAUGUGAGACAGCACCUACAGCUGUCAGACCUGGCGCUAGCUGUCCAUCUCUUCUCUAAGAAUGUGCACGAUGACUUACUGCCCAGCAGUAUCCAGACCAUGUCCUGCAAGUUGCUGCUGAACCUUGUGGAGUGCAUCAAGAGUGACCAGGACGGAGGAAAUGGCCGUGAGAUCCUGAUGAGAAUGUUGGAAGUGUUUGUGCUGAAGUUUCACACCAUCGCCAAGUUUCAGCUGCCCGGCAUCUUCGCUAAAUGUAAAAACGAGCGUGAACUUGACCUGAAAGCGGCGGCCAUCCCUCCCCCGCCCUCGCUGGCUAAGAGUGACAAGGAGAAGGAGGAAGAAAAGACGAAGCCGGCCGGCGGAAGUUUCAACAACUUCUCCGUCUCGGACUGUCGCAGUUUGGUGAAGACGCUGGUGUGUGGGGUCAAGACGAUCACCUGGGGAGCACAGUCUUGUAAGACUCCUGGAGAAACAUCCUUCGGGCCCAGUAAGCAGUUCCAGCCGAAGGAGACCGCGAUCUUCUCGGCGCUGGUUCGACACGCGUUGUGUGCGCUGGACAUCUACCAGAUCAACGUCACGCCAUCGGGACAGCCCUACAUCCGUGCGCAGAACUCCCAGACUGUGCGAAUGAAGGAAGAAAAGGAUGUACUGGAACAUUUUGCAGGAGUGUUCACCAUGAUGAACCUGCUCACAUUCAAAGAAAUCUUCUCCACAACCAUCGAGUUCAUGGUGGAGCGUAUCUACCACAACUACGCGCUGCAGAUCGUGGCUAACACGUUCCUGGCGAACCCCUCGACCUCCGCGACCUUUGCCACCAUCCUGGUGGACUAUCUACUGGACAGACUGGAGGAGAUCGGAUCUGCCAACAUCGAGAGGUCCAACCUGUACCUGAAACUGUUUAAGCUGGUGUUCGGCUCCGUCUCCCUGUUCGCAGCUGAGAAUGAGCAGAUGCUGAAGCCCCAUCUGCACAAGAUCGUGAACAGCUCGAUGGAGCUCGCCCAAACAGCAAAGGAGCCGUACAACUACUUCCUGCUGAUGCGGGCGCUGUUCCGCUCGAUCGGGGGCGGCAGCCAUGAUCUUCUGUACCAGGAAUUCUUACCUCUCCUGCCCCAUCUGCUGCAGGGCAGCCACGAUCUUCUGUACCAGGAGUUCUUACCUCUACUACCACAUCUACUGCAGGGUAAGUUUGUUUGUUUGUUUGUUUGUUUGUUUUGCUCCAUCGGGGGCGGCAGCCACGAUCUUCUGUACCAGGAGUUCUUACCUCUACUGCCCCAUCUACUGCAGGGACUGAAUAACCUGCAGAGCGGUCUCCAUAAGCAGCACAUGAAGGACUUGUUUGUCGAGCUGUGCCUGACCGUUCCCGUACGCCUUUCUUCGCUCCUGCCGUACCUGCCGAUGCUCAUGGACCCGCUUGUCUCGGCGCUGAACGGAUCGCAAACCUUGGUGAGCCAGGGCCUGCGCACCCUGGAGCUGUGUGUGGACAACCUGCAGCCGGAGUUCCUGUGGGACCACAUCCAGCCGGUCAGGGCCGAGCUCAUGCAGGCCCUGUGGCGAACCCUCCGGAAUCCCGCAGAGAACAUCGCUCAGGUGGCGUUCCGAGUCCUCGGGAAGUUUGGGGGAAACAAUAGGAAGAUGCUGAUGGA